AUUGACAUGUGAGAAACUUUUUCUUUAAACACUGUAAACAUUGUAAUCGUAAAGUGAACACUGAGUGUCGUAAAAAUGCAACAUGGCGACCGCAAUGACAGGACGUGGUAUGGCUUUAAUUAGGAAUAUUCACGGGGUUUUAUAUUCAAGGUUACAGGUCCUAGGUGGUGGCCCCCAGCAGCUCUCAUGUCUCCACACCAGCAGCUCUCUGGACUCAAAGAACUGGGAGAGGAGAAACCUGAAGGUGUAUCCACCUCAGCUACCAGAUGAGCCCCGCAGACCAGCAGAAAUUCACCACAGCAGGAGGCAGAUCAAAUACAGCAAAGACAAGAUGUGGUACCUGGCUAAAAUGAUCCGAGGGAUGAGCGUCGAUCAGGCUAUUGCACAACUGGAGUUUAACGACAAAAAGGGGGCGAAGAUCAUGAAAGAGGUUCUUCUGGAAGCUCAGGAGAUGGCGGUCAGAAAUCACAACGUAGAGUACAAAUCCAACCUGUAUGUAGCUGAGUCGUACUCCGGCAAAGGGAUGUACCUGAAGCGGAUCCGUUACCAUGGCCGCGGCAUGUUUGGCAUCAUGGACAGAGUUUACUGUAACUUCUUCGUAAAGCUGGUGGAGGGGUCGCCUCCUAAAAAAGAGGAGAGCACAAGCUUUGACCAGGCCAAAGAGUACGUCCAGAACCUCAAGAACAGAACCAUUAUUCAUGGCCUGUAGAUUGUCUGAUCGGAGAGUACUUCACGUCUUUUCACCGUAUGUCUUUGUGUGUUUGUCAUUGACAUUUGUAAAUAAACAAAUGAGAUAAUGA